AUGUCGGCAUCCUAUCAAACAAUCGAGCACGACGUGCCGCAGUCUUAUCGUGACAAAAUCCUCAAGUGGAAUGGUUGGGGUUACACCGACUCGCAGUUCACCAUCAACAAGGAUGGACACGUCACGUUUACUGGGGAUAAAUAUGACAUCUCCGGCAAGGUGAUGCCUCACUUCCGUCCGUGGUUCGAGAAUUAUUUGGGAAUCGAUUUGAACUACGUCAGUCCGGCUCAAAAACUCUCUGACGUCGUCAUCGAUGCACCAGUUGAGAAUGAGGAUCUUAUCGAUUUUUUGAAAGAGAACAAUAUCUCAUUCUCUAAUUCUGCUAGGAUCCGUUUGAUGCGUGCUCACGGUCAUACCGUUCAUGAUAUGGUCAACUUGCGAGAGGGCAAGAUUCCACGUCUUCCAGAUGUCGUUGUCUGGCCGAAGACUGAGCAGGAGAUUGUUAAGAUCAUCGAAGGAGCCAUGAGCCAUAACUGUGCCAUCAUCCCAAUCGGAGGCGGUACCUCUGUCACCAAUGCUCUCGACACGCCAGUCACCGAAAAACGUGCAGUUAUCUCUAUGGAUAUGGCUCUUCUCGACAAAAUUCUCUGGAUUGAUCGCGAGAAUUUGACGUGUCGUGCGGAGGCGGGAAUUGUCGGUCAAUCGUUGGAACGACAACUGAAUAAGAAGGGAUUCACUUGUGGACAUGAGCCGGAUUCAAUUGAAUUCUCGACAUUAGGAGGAUGGGUAUCGACGAGAGCAAGUGGAAUGAAGAAGAAUAAAUACGGAAACAUCGAGGAUCUCGUUGUUCAUCUCAACUUUGUGUGCCCCAAAGGAAUCAUCCAGAAGCAAUGCCAAGUGCCACGUAUCUCUUCUGGUCCAGAUAUCCACCAAAUCAUUCUCGGAUCCGAGGGAACAUUCGGAGUUGUCUCAGAAGUCACCAUCAAGAUCUUCCCACUUCCAGAAGUCAAAAGAUACGGUAGUUUUGUGUUCCCCAACUUUGAAAACGGAGUCAAUUUCUUCCGUGAGGUGGCUAGCCGACGCAUUCAACCAGCCUCGUUGAGACUUAUGGAUAACGAUCAAUUCGUUAUGGGACAGGCGCUGAAAGUCGCUUCAGACUCCUGGUGGGCUUCGUUGAAGAGCUCCGUGAGCAAGAUGUACAUCACAUCGUGGAAGGGAUUCAAGGUUGAUGAGAUCUGCGCUGCCACGUGUGUCUACGAAGGAAGUCGUGAGGAGGUAGAUCAGCAGGAGGAUCGUUUGAAUAAGCUGGCUGCCGAUUUCCACGGAAUCGUUGGUGGAGAAGAGAACGGACAAUAUGGAUACAGACUCACAUUUGCCAUUGCCUAUUUGAGAGUAAGUCGAAAUCUCUAG